CGGGGAGCGAUAAGCCUGGGAUCAGACAAGGCUUUAGGAAAGGAGAUGUUUAUUGCACCUGUCUCUGUCUUGGUGUCUGUGGUGAACACGUAUUUUAUUAGCAAUUUUACCACAAACGUUAAAAUUCAUAUGGAGCCUACUAGCUGUAGUCCUAGAUUUGACUUGGUGAUCUUGGAGGUCUUCUCCAACCCGAUUCUGUGCUUCUUUGCUUUGUGUAAUUUAAGAAGUAUAUUCAAAACAAAUGCAGUAAGCUAAAGGUUUUGUUGAGGUUUGUUUUGCUUUUUGUUUUUGUUUGUUUGUUUGUUUUUAAUACAGCCAUCUGUAUUUCCAGAAAUGCAUAGAAAAUUGUAUCACUGAAAGUAGAACUUCGUGGAUGGGUAUUUGCUUUGUAACUAGAGUUGCAGAUUGCCUGUUUUUUUUGUUUGAUUUCUGGGGCUUAUUUUCAUAAUCUAGAUUUCACCAUAGUGGGUAACAAAUUCAAAAUCCAGGGGAUUAAGAAAUACCUGUGGUAUUUGUCUGGCUUAAAUACAGAGAUGUGCAUGUGUUGACUGGUAAUUGUGUUGUAUCUCGCAUUUUUUUUUUCAUUCUAGAGCAGGUCUCGUAAUUGGGAAUUUAUCAACAUUUCCACUGGGGUAAUUUUACAGGAUUAUCCGCCCUCUGUUCUUCCUGCUGGUUCAUCUGGACUCUGUGGAGUUUGCUGCUAGCAAUGGAGCCUUCUGUGGGGGUUUAUUCAUGCUAUUACUGAAACGGAGCCCUUCGCAUUUGGAUUAACUCUUUGUUCACUUUUCACCUGAAUCGCUUGGAUCAGCCCAUGUUUAAAAAGGAUCCUACCAUGCAUCUCUUUUCUGUUUGCAUUCUGAAGUUGAACUCUGAAUACAGUCUCGUGUUCAGGCUGUUUACUGUGCUUGAAUUUUAGAGGAAGAACUGAAAUAUAAAGAUAGAUGAAACUGUAAUACUGCAUGGGCAGGAAUGCCCAAGGAAAAGUACGAUCCACCUGAUCCACGGAGGAUGUACACAAUUAUGUCCUCAGAGGAAGCAGCCAAUGGAAAGAAAUCACACUGGGCAGAGUUGGAAAUAAGUGGGAAAGUGAGAAGCUUAAGUUCAUCAUUGUGGACGCUGACCCAUUUGACAGCUUUGCAUCUCAGUGACAAUUCCUUAUCCCGUAUUCCUUCAGACAUUGCCAAGCUUCACAAUCUGGUAUAUCUGGACUUGUCCUCUAAUAAAAUUCGCAGUUUACCAGCAGAGCUCGGAAACAUGGUGUCACUCAGGGAACUACAUUUAAAUAACAACCUGUUACGAGUUUUACCUUUUGAGCUGGGAAAACUGUUCCAGUUACAGACUUUGGGUCUGAAAGGAAACCCACUUACACAGGAUAUUCUGAACCUGUAUCAGGAACCAGAUGGGACACGACGGCUACUGAACUAUUUGCUUGAUAAUUUGGCAGGUACUGCAAAAAGAAUUUCGACAGAACAGCCGCCUCCAAGAUCCUGGAUUAUGUUGCAAGAACCAGACCGUACAAGACCAACAGCCUUGUUCUCUGUCAUGUGUUACAACGUCCUCUGUGACAAAUAUGCCACCCGGCAGCUGUAUGGCUAUUGUCCAUCCUGGGCCUUGAACUGGGAAUACAGAAAAAAAGCCAUUAUGCAGGAAAUACUGAGCUGCAAUGCUGACAUCAUAAGUCUGCAGGAGGUUGAAACAGAGCAGUACUACAGUUUUUUCCUGGUAGAAUUGAAAGAACGUGGCUAUAAUGGAUUCUUCAGUCCAAAAUCUAGAGCUAGGACAAUGUCAGAACAGGAAAGAAAACAUGUUGAUGGUUGUGCAAUAUUUUUCAAAACAGAAAAAUUUACUUUGGUUCAAAAGCAUACUGUUGAGUUCAAUCAACUAGCAAUGGCAAACUCAGAAGGUUCAGAGGCUAUGCUGAACAGAGUUAUGACAAAAGAUAACAUUGGAGUUGCUGUUCUUUUAGAACUGCGAAAGGAAUUGAUAGAAAUGUCAUCUGGAAAGCCACAUCUUGGGAUGGAAAAGCAGCUAGUUCUUGUAGCUAAUGCACAUAUGCAUUGGGACCCAGAUUAUUCUGAUGUGAAGCUGGUUCAGACUAUGAUGUUCCUCUCUGAGGUAAAGAACAUUAUUGAUAAAGCUUCUCGUAGUCUCAAACCUGGUGUUUCGGGAGAACUUGGAACCAUUCCACUUGUACUGUGUGCAGAUCUCAAUUCUCUACCAGACUCUGGUGUUGUUGAGUACUUGAGCACUGGUGGAGUGGAAACAAACCACAAAGAUUUUAAGGAACUGAGAUACAAUGAAAGUCUUACUAACUUCAGCUGUAAUGGAAAAAAUGGGACAACAAAUGGAAGAAUUACACAUGGUUUCAAGUUGAAGAGUGCCUAUGAGAAUGGUCUAAUGCCUUAUACAAAUUACACAUUUGAUUUCAAGGGUAUUAUUGAUUACAUCUUCUACUCUAAACCUCAGCUAAACAUACUUGGCAUUCUUGGACCUUUGGAUCAUCACUGGUUAAUAGAGAACAAUAUAAGUGGUUGUCCACAUCCACUCAUCCCUUCUGACCACUUCUCACUUUUUGCACAACUGGAGCUUUUGCUGCCUUUCCUGCCUCCUGUAAAUGGAAUCCAUCUCCCUGGCAGGAGGUAGUCAAAUACAUUUUUAGAGGGCAACCUCAACUAACUUGUACAAUUGUAAAAUCUGAAUAUAGAGGAGUGAGGUAUGGCCAACAGGGAUUUUUUUCUUAAUAAUCUUAAUCUUAAAUCUUAAUUAUUUGCUAAAGACAUAGUAAAAGCCAGGUGCUAUCAACAGACACAAUUCUGAGCCCAAUAUACUUUGUAUACUGUUCCACAGCGAUUGGUGCAUUUGCACCUUUCUUUAAUACAUUACAAUUAACCUUCCUGUUUCUUUUCUCCAACGUGACAUUUUCAUGCCUUGAAAUAGGGAAUUGUUAUACAGUGUAUUCUCUUUGCACAGUUAUCUGUAGCACUACUUUUUUGUGGCCAGUAGGAACAUCCACAGAACAUUCUCCGUACUUCACUCCCUCCUUUUUCAGACUUGUUUGUAAAAUAUAGAAUUUGAAUUUAGCCUUUAUUGAUUGUAUAUGAACAACAGAAAACCUGAUUUAUGAGAUUUUGUACUUUAAAAAAAAAGAAAAAUCAGAUUUGGAAAAUGAUUGUAUUGUAAACUAAGGCUAAAUUUUUAUCUGUUUUCAUGUGUUAUAAAGGCCAGCAUGUAAAAGAGGUUGUCACAGGUUUUCUCUGCUAAUGAUUUGCACUGUUAGGGUUUCGUUAGCCCUUUUAUACUACUUUUUAUGUUCCAUUGAGAACAUUGCUUUCAAAAUCCAAACCUAUAAAAUCUUAAAAUCUUACAGAGAUAAUAAAAUACAUUCUAUUUCUGAUAAAAACAAAAAAGAGGCAUAGAGUUCUCACAGAACAGAUAAGCUGAGCAGUGAAUAUAAGUAGACCUGUAUGGAUUGAAAUUUAUUGCUGAUGUGUACGCACUCAGACAUUUUUCUCAUCUCUAACUUUUGAAGUAAAAUCUAGGGAUACUUGUGUACAGCUUCUUCAUUUCUGUUUUAAAUAUUUGCCCUAUCUCCACUGUGCCUGCUUAAAUUUGUUCUCAACUAGCACUGCCUGUGCAUGCAGAGAGAUCCUGUGCACCCUCUUUUAUUUUUUUAAAUAAUGUUAACACUUGUGAAAAUUUUAUGAAGAUACUUUUGUAUAAGCUGUGGCAUCUUUUUUUCCUUUGUGAAGCAUUGAAUAUCACACUUUGGAACAUGUUCAGGUUAUGGGUACACAGUUUCUAGCUUCUAAUGCCCAUGCACUGCUUCUUUCAGUGUCAUUGCACAGUGCCGUUUUUCCCACUAAGAGUUACUAUCAUGUGGAUUCUCUUUGGUUUGUGUGUUCCUCAGUUUCUGAAAGUAUAAGUCCUUGAAGAUAAAAACCUAGCCCUACAUUUUCUAUUAAUGAAGCAGUGUAAAAUAAAUGCAUCUUCAAUACAGGUCCCAAAGACAAUUCUUCAGAUCAUAUUUUAAAGUGACCAAGUCUUAUUUUAAAGUGUCAAGCAAGACCGAAGUUACAGUGUACCCUCAGUGCCAUUUGUGUCAUGAAGCCAAGUAUAUAACAGCUUAAAAAUUUAACUUGUCUAUUUGUAUCCUAAAAGGGAGAAAUCAUCAUCUCCUUAAGCUAAUACAACUUGAAUAAUAAAUGUAAAAAAAAAAAAUUAAUAAUGGAGAUAGAGCUUGGUCUUAAACAGCUUUUGUUUCAGCUGCGGGCAGGGAAGCAAAAGGACACUGAGCAUUAAGAGAAAACUUUCUAAAUAUUAAGAUUUUUUUAUAUAUAAGAGAGUGAAUUGGUAAUAAUGAUUCAAAAUUUUAUUGAAAAGUAGUCAGCACACAAGUGUGCUGAAACCGUUCUGUUUUAAGCUCAAAGUAAAAACUGCAAACAGUUCGGACAUGUAAAAUGUAGAUUUUAAAAUUUCAAUACGAGAAUUUUUGAUCUUGAAUCCUUGUCUGGGACCUGAUCUCUUGAGGUUAUCUUGUUUUGGUUUUAGUUGUAAAAACACCAAACAUGUCCAGUUUAUAAUCAGUACAUUGAAAUGCUGGUAGUAUUGCUGUAGUAGAUUUAAUGCGUAGUGUUAUUUUUUUUCUGUUUGUUUUUUGGGGUUUUUUUGUAAAGUGUGAAUAAAAGGUGUUUUACUCAUGUUUCCUUAAUGAUGUCUUGGUAAUGUACAUCAUGACAAUUUCCAGUAAUGAUGAGCCAAUUUAGCUUGUCAGACUAAGCAAACUAUUUUUCUUUUCUGAUAUCUGGAUUGUGUAAGGAGUCCAGAAAGCUUUACAGAAGGGGAAGGGAAGCACUUACUCAUUUUGUAUUUUUUUAGAGGGGGAUAAUUUACUUUAGUAGAUGCUGGAGCUUGAGUGCACUUGUUAGAUUCUAAAGGUUUGAGCUUUAUCCAGUAUGUGUUCUCCUCUAUUGCUUAGUCUUAAAAGAUUUUUUGAAUUUAUGACAGCAGGUGAAAAUAGGGCCCCUUGUGCUUUUGGAGACACAACUGUUCCUGCUUAGUCACCUUAUGGUCUAAGGGUCCAUUUGAAUAACCAUAUCCUCCAGCUUUUAUAGUAGUCCAUCAAGGUCCUGAUUGAAAACCCUCUAAAUCCAUUGAAGACACUCCUUUGACUUCACUGGGUUUUAACUGGACUGCAGCUGUGACUCAGGGGCUGAAGGAGGGAAGGAGAAAUGUUUUGAAAAUAGGGAAAGACCAGAUGGCACCAAAACAGAGCUGAGAUAAACUUUGUCAAACAAUCUUUCAAAGAAAAUACAUUCUUGUGUCAAACAAAUCUAACUCAAAAGUCUCAAUUUCCAGCUAUAACAUAGAAUAAGGCAAUAAACCGUGUCUUCACAAAAAUCAAAAUGUUUGCUUCAUAGUUUUUAACAUUAAAUGGUUAUUUGCAAUAUUUUUAUUCAAGGUGGCUUUGGGUUUUGCCAUAAUGUACCUUCAGUGUUAUUGUUGUAAAAGCACAUACAGCAAAAGUCACAGAACAUCCUUGGGGUUGAAAGGAUUUAUUUAGGUAAGACCAGGCUUUUUUCCACUUAAAGUAUACUCUGCCAUAUCUUGUCUAGUUUUAUUUGCAUUUACCAAGAGUUCUGGGUGUCAAAGUGUAAAUUGAACUACACCCUUAACUAAAACAAUUGUUUAGAGUGCAGGACUAAUACCACAAGUUACUGCUUUUAACAUAACACAAGUUGGGGGGGGGAGAGCAUAUAAAUUAGUGUGUGUUGUAAUUAUUUUGUUCUUUUAGCAGCUUUAAAUUAAAGGUAAAUUUGGCUAACAUUUGAAUUGAUUUUAAGAACGUUGUAUGCAUCUUUGAUGGAACUUCAGCAAAUCUCUCAAGGUUGUUUGGUUUGGGUUUUUUUUAAUAGCAGGCUUAGAAAUUAGCUUAUGCUUUGCUUUUUCAAUCACACAAAACCUGUAUGAAAGACAAAAUAAUUGCAACACCCUUGUGGGGGAGGGGGAAAAAGAAAACUAAUUACACUGUAAAACUUUGAAAAGCUCAGUUAACCGCUUCAGUAGCAAAGCCUUUCUCAUCCAGCCGGACACAGUAUUUUUUAAUAUGUUAACUGCUAUUCUUUUCUUUUGGUUGCAUAAAUUUGUAACACGUAAGUGUCUUGGUAUGUUUAAGUAGUGUCUAAAAUAGAAUAUCUUAGUCUUUAUUCACAGUACUUCUGUAUAAUGUGUAAUGCACUGGACUAACUCUUGUUUACCAUUCAUGUAACAAAAACCAGCACAUUAUCUGCACUAAGCUCAAAGAAUGUUGCAUUUGUCUAUAGGCAGCUCUUCAAUAAGAUACAUGGGAAACUGAAUAUGGUCUGAUGGUAAACAAGGGCUUUUACUGUUCUCUUCAGUGGAACUUUCUUCUUGGUCAAAUUUUAACUAGUUAGUAUUAUAUUUAUAUACAGGGUCUUCUUUUUCUUUACCAAUGUAUUUUCCUACUCAUAGCUGACCAAUAAAUCCAGUAUCUGUUUCAAACCUU